AUGGUCGUUCACACCGUCGAAAUCUCGCUCGACAAAGCAGUUACGAAAAUGAGUGAAGUUGGACCACUUAGUGCUACCAUGCUCGUGAGAUCACGGAUGUUUUGGUCAAGCCUGGCCCCUAAUGAGAUCACUAUCUAUGGUUUUGAUCUCGGAGUCGAUAGCGAUUCUAUUCGAAUCACGGGGCAUGGACAAGCUACAGUGACGGAUACUCAAACAUCAUUCGUGGACCGAAAGGAGGCCUUUGAGGAUGUGUUCCCUGAAUACAAAUCUGAAGAUGAUUUCGAGUCCCUGGAUGAAGAGGACUCUGAUGACGAUUUUGGAGUCGAUAGAACAGAACUGGCAGCUGCACAAAAGGAAAGAACCCGCUUAGUAAACGCAUUGAAUGCUGCCCGAGACGAGCUGCGCACGUUCGAGACAUCAAAGGCCGUGCUUGAAGACUUUGUGGAAGGAAAACACAAUGAAAUUGAUCUCUCUACACUCGCGGGCUAUCUCCAUCAAUACCAACAGGAAAACAAAGAGCUGACGCUGAAGUGCCAGGAAGCUUCUGCGGCUACUGUGGAGUUGGAAAAAGAGCUAAAGACAGCUACAAACCUCGCGACCAAACUGCAACGGAGGUUUGAUCGCGCCAGAAACGCUGCAGCAAAGCCAGCCCGCGAAAAAAGGGAGCAGCUGCGAAAGGCCCUCCAGAAGAAAUCGUUGCAAAAACGUCAAGAAAAGGCGGAAGCGUUGAGCUUCUGGACGUCCCGAGUGAGGCAACUAGUCGUCCACCUCGACUGUUUCGGGGACUCUUCAGAUACCAGUCGCCGUAACUCGAUAGCUUCGACCAAAAAGCAAGAGCCGGCUACCGUCCUGGAUCCCAAUACAGUCAACUUUUCAUUGAUGUAUGUCACUAGAAACGCAAAAUGGUCACCUCGCUAUGAGUUGACUCUGAAUACGCCGACUUCGUCCGGGAAAAUGGUCUAUCGUGCCGAAUACCAAAAUACCUCUUCAGAAAUCUGGAGGGAUGUAAAAAUCAUUCUUUCAACCUCACAAACCACAUUUUCUGGCUUGAACGAAGUCAUUCCAUGGCUUCAUCCGUGGUUCGUCAAGUUACUCAAGUGUGACCCCCUUGAGCCCCCUUCAAAGGGUAAGGAUUAUUGGCAGGAGGGUUUAGAGAAUCGAGUUGAAGUGGAGGCUAGAAAACAGCGAAAACGUGCCGAAAACGUGCAAUUUCGUAGUGUACAGCACAUGCAAAUGGCACGACACGCAGUUUUUGAUCGGCCGCGUGGGUAUAAUCCACAGGGCCUCCCUUUACCGCCUCCUCCACCCCCAGCAGCAGCUCCGCGCAUUGUUGAGAGCCGCCAGUUGGCUCGAAGGAGUGAUCCUCGUCCUUUUCACGGAUCUGAAGCAGAAGCUGUCACGAGGGUGUCUGAACGGGGCCUAAAUUUACCCAGCCUUGUAGAAGACGACGCAACAUCGAGUGAUGACGAUGACGACGUCGCGACCCUGUAUGCCGGCUCUAAUGCUCUCGUGGUUCAAGAGUCAUCACAACAAAACUACGGGCUUACAACCACUUAUGAUAUCCCUGGCGUGCGUACUCUACGCCCGUCCUCAGUGUCGAGACGCCUACAGAUAGCCGAGCUGGAAUUACCUUCUGUCACUUUCUCUCAUCUUGUGAUUCCAAAAUUGAGGCCCGCCGCAUUCCUCAAAGCCAAGGUCACCAAUGCUUCAACAACCACCAUGUUGCGUGGCGAUGCUGGCCUUACGCUCGAUGGAAUCUUUCUUGGAACUACCAAAAUCCCUCACUGUGGGCCGAAAAACACCGCGAGUCUUUCCCUCGGAGUUGACCCGGGGAUCCAAGUCAAGUAUGCUAAGCCGACGGUGCGACGGUCGACAACCGGUUUCUUUAACAAGGAAGAUUCCGCUGUCUUCACCCGAUAUUGCAGAAUCAGCAACACGAAAUCAACUUCUGUAUCACUUCUGGUUCUCGACCAAGUGCCAACUAGCGAGGAUGAAAGACUUCGUAUCCGCAUCUUGCAGCCCGCGGGCCUCGACAAAGAUGGGGAUAAGGUCAAAAUCGGACCUGAUGCUGGCAGCCCCAAAUCGAACUGGGGUAAGGGGACUGUUAGCAUGGGAAAAUCUGGAGAGGUUGCAUGGGAACUUAAAUUGGAAAAGGGAGCAGAUAUCAAACUGGUCCUGGAAUAUGAGGCUAGGAUCCCAAGCGGACAGAAGAUCGCUGGAUUGAAUUGA